AUGCCGCCCUGGCCGCAAUUCACACGCAAUUCACAAGGCACGCAAGGCUCCUUCACGGUCCCAACCAUCGGGUUUCGGGCUGUCAAAACGUGCGCGGCGAAUCGAACGAUGAGGCGAAAUUCGAAACACUCGAGACGGGAAAGUUGGGCGGUACGGACAAAUUCAGACCAUACGGGAGCCUCAGGUUCCGACUCUGGCCGCCACUUAAAUGCCUUUCACUGCACCUCACUGGCGAACGAGACCUCGUCUUCCGGCGACAGCUCUUAUGCAGUAUGGACGUAG